AUACUUUUUAGGUGUUGUACAGGGGAAAUGAGGAAAUUGGUUGCAGGAAACUGAGCAAGAUUUACAUUUACUUUUUCUGCAGAUUUCUUUAUCUUUAGAGGGUUUUUGGAGUCAUUUUCAUCUUGUGUGACCACCAUGCCAUCUUACACAGUGACUGUUUCCACGGGGAGCCAGUGGUUUGCAGGGACGGAUGACUAUAUCUACAUUACACUGGUGGGCACGGAGCGAUGCAGUGAGAGAACACUGCUGGACAAACCUCUGUAUAAUGACUUUGAGAGGGGGGCGGUGGACUCCUAUAAUGUGAAGGUCGCGGAGGAGCUGGGUGACAUUGUGUUGGUGAAGAUUGAGAAGAAGAAAUACUGGGUGCAUGAUGACUGGUACUGCAGGUACAUCACAGUCAAGACCCCAUCUGGUGACUAUGUGGAGUUUCCCUGCUUCCGCUGGCUGGUGGAUGACAAGGAAGUGGUGCUGCGGGAAGGAAAAGCACACCUGCCUCAGGAUGACAAGACCAGCCAGGUCAAGCAGCACAGGCAAAAAGAGCUGGACACGAGGAGAAAAACCUACAGAUGGAAGGAGUGGCAGCCAGGCUUUCCUAUGAGCAUUGAUGCCAACAGGCACAGCGAAUUGCCACGGGACAUCCAGUUUGACAGUGAGAAGGGAGUGGACUUUGUACUGAACUACAGUAAGGCAAUAGAGAACCUGUUCGUGAACCAGUUCAUGCACAUGUUCCAGUCCUCCUGGAAUGACUUCAGUGACUUUGAGAAAAUCUUUGUCAGAAUUAAAAACACAAUCUCAGAGUAUGUGAUGCAACACUGGAAGGAAGACUUCAUGUUUGGAUAUCAGUUUCUGAAUGGUUGCAACCCAGUAGUAAUCCGAAAGUGCACCAAACUUCCUGACAAGUUUCCUGUCACUCAUGAGAUGGUCUCUGUCAGCCUGGAGAGAGAUCUGACUCUCGAGCAAGAAAUCCAGGCAGGUAACAUCUACAUAGUAGACUACGAGGUGUUAGAUGGCAUCACUCCUAACAGCACAGACCCGUGCACACUGCAGUAUGUGGAAGCUCCAAUCUGUCUGCUCUACAAGACUGCAAAGAACAAAAUCAUGCCCAUAGCCAUACAGCUUGGCCAGACUCCAGGUGAAGACAACCCGAUCUUCCUGCCCACCGAUGGUCAGUAUGACUGGCUGUUAGCUAAGAUCUGGGUCCGCUCGGCUGACUUUCAGCACCACCAGACGAUCACACACCUGCUCAAGACACAUCUGAUGACAGAGGUGUUUGCUGUUGCCAUGUACAGGCAGCUCCCUGCUGUUCACCCCGUGUAUAAGCUACUUAUCCCACACAUUCGCUUUACCAUCGCUAUCAACACCAAGGCUAGAGAGCAGCUCAUCUGUGAGUGUGGCAUCUUUGACAAAGCAAACGCAACAGGUGGAGGUGGUCAUGUCCAGUUGGUCCAGAGGGCCGUGAAGACUCUGACCUUCAGGUCUUUGUGCUUCCCGGAUGCCAUCAAGGCUCGUGGUGUGGACAAGAAGGAGGACCUGCCCACCUACUUCUACAGAGAUGACGGCUACCUAGUGUGGGAGGCCACCAUGGGUUUUGUGUCUGAUGUGGUGAAUAUUUACUACAAAAGCGAUGAAGCGGUGCAGGGAGAUGAAGAGAUCCAAGCCUUUAUUAAAGAUGUGUGCAGCUUCGGUAUGCAGGACUUCGAUCACUGCGAGUUUCCCAAGUCCCUGAAAACACGUACAGAGCUGAUAGAGUAUCUGACCGUCGUUGUGUUCACUGCUUCAGCCCAGCAUGCAGCGGUCAACUUCGGACAGUAUGACUGGUGUUCCUGGAUCCCCAAUGCUCCAUCCACCAUGCGAAAGGCCCCACCUAAAGAGAAGGGCUUGGCAGAUGUGAACUUGAUCAUCGAGAGCCUCCCUGAUCGCGGACGCUCCAGCUGGCACCUUGGGGCUGUCUGGGCCCUCAGCCAGUACCAGGAGAACGAGCUGUACCUGGGCAUGUAUCCUGAUGAGCACUUCAUAGAGAAGCCAGUGAAGGAGGCCAUGGAGAAGUUCAGGAAGCAGCUGGCAGAGAUAACCAGCUCCAUCAAGAGGAGGAACGAGGGAAAGAGGCUGCCUUACUACAACAUGUCCCCUGACAAAAUCCCAAACAGUGUGGCUGUUUGAGGAAUAACACCUCAUUCUUUGGGGGGAUAUCAAGUCCUUACUUAACAUUUUGCAUUGAAGUUCUGAUGAAGUUACCAAGCUGCCUAAAUUCACUGUUAAAAAGAACUCUUUGUCAUGCAAGUGUGUGAUUUUGAUACUACUAUAUGGGUUGGUUAUAAUGCUAAUGCAUGUACUGUAGUUGCCAAUUAAAAUGUUUCAUUUAUAGA